AUGGUCGCGGCAGCAGGAGCUGCUCACCGGGAUCGUACGCCCACGCAACGUCAACCAGGCCAGCAAGAGACACAAUCUACUCAGCAGGCCACCCAGCAAGCUACUCAGCAGGCCACUCAACAAGACGAACCGGAACUCGAUGAGGUCGAAGUUGCCGAUGUCGUCUGCAUCCUCCAUCCAUGCUCGCUCGCCGCCUAUCAGGUCGUUGUCAAUACCGCUCUGAGAGCGCCUCAGCACGUACUGCAGAAUGUCUCCGCCAGCACUUACAGUGAUGGUCUGAGCAUGGCAGAUCUCGAGAAGGAGGAGACUUUUCCCGCCCCUCCAGAGGAUCAGAGACACCCUCUGGACCUCGCUCUGCGCAUGUCUGCCAAAGUCCACAAUCCUGCCAUGGGCUUCGUCUUCGGUCGCAACCCCAAUGCUUGCGACAUUGUCAUUGACACCGACACUGUCAAGAGAGUCAGUAACAUGCAUUUUAGGAUUUACAUGACUGACGCUGGUGUCUGUAUGCUUCACGACAUGUCCACCAACGGAACAAUCGUCGACGGCAAACUCCUGAGAGGUAGAGGAAAUAACAAUUCCGCUACCAUGAUGCUUACGGCGGGCUCGGUCAUUCAGAUUCUGUCGACUAAGAGAGACGAGACUUUGAAGUUCAUCUUCCGCAGCCCAUCACGAGACAAUCACUAUGAAGAAUAUGGCAGAAGAUUCGCCACCUACCUGCAUCACGUCAAUCUCGCAAAGACAAAACAAGCACAAAACGGUCAGACUCAGGCCGCAAGACCUGGUGCGAAAACCCAACCAACGGUCCCGCCCACCGUGAAGCCUAUGCUGCUGCAAGGCAACCCUUUCGGUAUGCACUGGAGCGGCGGUGAAAAAUACAACGUCACUGGCCAUCUCGGAAAGGGCGCCUUUGCUACUGUGUAUCGCUUAAAUAGCAAAAGCAACGGCCAAAUGUUUGCAGCGAAAGAGCUAGAAAAGAGGAGGUUCAUGAAAAACGGUGUCAUCGACAAGAAACUCGACAACGAGCUGCGUAUCAUGAAGGGAAUCAAUCAUCCACACGUCGUACAGUACAUUGAUUGCCACGAUGUCAAGAACCAUUUGUACAUCAUCAUGGAGCUUGUACCAUUUGGCGACCUACAACAGUGGCUUGGAACAAAUGGUCCCCUGCCCGAAGCUCUUGCCAAACCGAUGGCGAUUCAAGUUUUCGAUGCACUUGCCUACCUACAUCGCAACAUGAUCACCCAUCGAGACAUCAAGCCAGACAACAUCCUCAUCGCGGACACCAAUCCUCAAUCCUUCACAGUCAAGCUCUCUGACUUUGGACUUUCGAAGGUCAUUUCCGAUAACGAGACUUUCCUCAAGACCUUCUGUGGCACGUUACUGUACUGCGCUCCAGAAGUCUUCCCUCAUUACGAUGCGCAUUUCAACGUCAAAGGACGGAAGCGCGACCGCAAAGGCGCUUCUCAACAACGAGGCAAAUAUCACUCAUACAGUUCAUGCGUCGACAUAUGGUCGUUCGGCGGAGUGUUGUGGUAUGCUAUGAGUACAAAACCGCCUUUCGAAGGCAUUGCAGACAACACUGGCAAAGCCAUGUUUGAACGAAUUGUCAGCACUAGUCUGGACACGACCGUUCUCGUAAAACACCAUAUCUCGGACGACGCCAUCGAUUUGUUAGAGGACAUGCUCAACACCGAUCCUGCUAUCCGACCUUCUGCAUUGCAGUGUCUCUCAUACCCGUGGCUUGGCGGAGAAGCGAGCCAGAUCCAGGAAGAGCCUCCAUCAGGUCUCUUGACAAUCGAAGAGGAGGAUGCAGAAGGAGGCGCGGCCCAUGAUUUGUCUCAAUUAAGCAUUCAUGGGAGGUGGAACACGACAAAGGGCGUUGGCGUUGAUUCUGGCGACUCAGACAUCCUGGACCCUCGACAGUCGAAACGUUUCAAAAGUGGACAAAUAGCUUCUCAGGCAUUUGCACCUUCACAACAGCCAGCCCACCUCUUGCAUCCAGCAAACGCUGUCGAGGAACCUGCCGUCCAGGAGCUCUCAGCAAAUUCACAAGUCCCACGCCUCUUCGGCGAGGUCCAGCCUUCGUUGGUCAAGAGUUCAGGCGUGUUUGGCACUCAGCUUCAGAGACCUAUGUUCGCAUCGCCGCCAGGACAGCCGAGUAUAGACCAAUCAAAAGCCCAGAUCGCACAGAAUGAGCUGUUCACGUCUGCCGCCAGUCACCAGCCAGACGACCAACUGGAAAACGGUAGGAGGAGGGCUCCGUUCGAGAGCGACUUGAAUGCUUCUCACGACUUUGCAAGUCUCGUGGGAGCCGAAUCAGACAUGCGGGACCUUAACAUGGAUUCCUCGCAGUCAGCGUUCUCGACGACGGCUGACGAGAGCGAACCAACCACUCCUACCACGCCAAAUGACCCACCUCAGGCGUCUGUAGGUCAGACUGGUGGAAGUAUGGAAGAGACGCCUCGCCCAGCUCAACCAGUUGAGAGAAAGAUUUCCUUCAAUCGACAAAUAAGUCUUCCGCUUUCUGCAUCGUCUUUCUACGACCCUGCAGACCCCAGCACACAUUCCCUUGAAUAUGCAUCUUCCGUCAGCGGCCAUGACUUUACAGGUCACAACCCUUUACCCGGAGCAAGUUUCCAUUCACUACCACCAACGACAGCCAACUCUGGAAUCGACUUUGAAUAUGAUCGACCACCGCAUACAGUUGCGCAAACACAGCCCGAAUUCAUCCGGCCCGCACCUCGCCUCGGUCGUCUGACAACAACCCCUGACUCGUUCUGUGCUCUGACACUUGACCUUGCGACCCGUAUCACGACAUGGGGCCGAAGUCCGUUGAACACCGCCGUCUUCCCAGACCCAUUGGACACUCGCGUGCCCAAGCGCGGCAUCAUGAUUUAUUUCCAUGCCAAGGGCAUCGACAAAGUGGCGAGAACUGGCGGAGACUGGACGAAGCUGGCAGACCUGCAUUGCCUGAUUGCCACGGACAGUAGCAACGGCAUUUUCAUCAACGAUGUCAAGCUGAACGCCAAAGAUUCAAAGGGUAAGCAGCUCUACGGCAGGGUCUAUACUGGUGACGAAGUGACCGUCUGUCAAGGACAUCAUCUGUUGAGAUUCACAUGCUCAUUCAAUCAUGGCGAGGCGAAGGAGCCGCGAACCAACAAUGAUCGAGGAUUUGAGAUUGAGCAAAUGGGACAUGACUAG